AUGGACACAAAAACAUUCAUUACCAAGUAUCUUACUGUCUUUUUUAUUUGUUCAUGCUCUGUUUACGGCCGUCACUUACAAGUCCAGCUAACGGGCUACGAAUGUUUCUACGACAAUAUAGAAACAAAUGUGUCGUGUUCGCUUGAAUAUGCUCCUAUAACGGGCGCGAAUCCUCAACUAGAUACCUUCAUCGAAUCCCCACAAGGACAGCUAAUUUACAAGGCGGAAAAAAAGGACUAUGAUUUAUUCCGCUUUGUCUCGACAAGCCCCGGCGUGUACCGUUUCUGUUUUAGCAACGUGUACGACAGCGUUUUCCAGACGAAUCUGGUCUACUUUGAUUUUGUAAAAGGAAAAGGCGACGAUGAAAGUUUUCCCGGCGCUUCCACGCAAACUGCGCUGACACAAAUGGAGACUACGGCCUACUCUAUCCACGAAGCUUUGGCGGUUAUGGAACAGUACCAAAAUCAUCAUAGAAUUCGAGAGGCAAAUGGUCGGAUUGCGGCUGAAUCAUUAAAUGCCCGCGUUCAAUGGUGGUCGCUCAGCCAAGG